UCUAAAAAGUUAUGUUCUAAAGCAAGUAGGCAACAACUUAGGUAAUGUAAUUAAGCCAUCAAGCGUGACAUGUAAAAUAAUCAUAUUGUACCAAUAGUUAUAUAACCCUUUCCCCUUUUACAGCUUCAUGUAUGAAUAAUUCCGUUCUAAUGUGUAGAAUUGUGGUUUCCUAAGCAGUGUUUUGUGUGCAGUUUGCUAAAGGGUCUGUCUAGGACACAUCUAGAUGUGACAUAGUUAUGUCACAUCUAAGCUGAUGUCCACUCUGUUUGUGGUCUAUUUUUUUUAUUUUUUUCUAUUUCUUGUUGUUGCAUUAUACAUUGUGGGAGCUUAGAUGUGACAUCCUUAAAUAACAUCUAGAUGUGAAUUAGACAAACUGUUUGCUUAAUGGUUGUUUGUGAGUUUCUAUAUUCCUAUUUUUUGGAUGCUUUGCUUUUUUUAAAAUCAGUCGGUGACUUUGUUUUUUUGCGGGGGGAAUUCAGUCGGUGACUAUCCAACAUGGAUGAAAAGGUUAUAUGGAUACUCACAAGUUCAGUAAUAAAAACCCAUCGGCACAACAAAGCGCGCAUUUCCUUCUAGCUAGUGCUUCAUCUAUCUAUGAGAAUUUGCGCGUAGUGGUCUGGUUUGGUUUGUUGAACCCCGGAUGGCCUUUGUAGCCCUUUGAACAUUUUGAUUAGUUAACACGGUGAGCUGAUCUUCUAAAAGAAAAAAAGCCAGAGCCGUGUUGUCCAAGUUGUUCUAGAAGAACAGAAUCAGAAGAGAAAGAGGGGAACAAACUUCUCUCUUUCCCAAGUGCGUUGUCCUUCGUUGCCCUUGUCAGUGCGCCAAAGCACAAGCAUCUCCCUCAAACCCAUGUCGCCAAGGAACGCAUACGUGCAUCCCAAGCAUCGGACCCUACGUCCAAACCUAAAUUACCUGUCAUGUCCGGCGUCCGUGCACACGCGCGCACUUAGGAUUUGACGUACAGAGCGCCGCGACGUUUAUUGGAUCGACACGAAACCAGCUUCCCACUGCAGAUGAUGCACACACGCCACGAGCUAGGACAUGGACCUCGACCUCGCCCUGCAAGAGACCCGCCCGGCCGUCGCCGGCGAGGACUUCGCCUUCUCCACCACCGAGACCGACGACGCCUUCCUCGUCCUCGCCCACCUCCCAGGGUAUGACAAGGAUGCGAUCGAGGUCCGCGUCGGCGACGGCGGCAGGGAGAUCCGCGUCGACGUGGGCGCGCGGAAGGACGGUGCCGGGCUCGCUGUGGAGGCGGCGCGCGCCGGGACGCGGCUGCGGGUGGCGCACCGGCGGGCGGUGGAGGGUUUCUGCCGUGUGUUCGACGUGCCGGACGGCGCCGACGUGGGCCGGGUCACCGUCGGGUUCGAGGAGGACGACGAGCUGCUCGUCAUCAUCAUGCCCAAGCUGCGGCCGCUGCAGGCCUCCCCGCCGGACGACGAGGCGCGCGUCGACGUCGAGAGCACGGACUACGAGUGCGCGUCGUCGGACGGGACGGAGGUGGAGCUCGACGACGGGUGGUCGUCGGCUAGCCUCGAGCUGGAGCAGGAGGAGUGGGUCGACGUCGACGGCGCUUCGUCGGGGUCCGAGCCUGAGCCGCCGCCUCGACACGUGCCGGUGGAGACGCCCGUGGAGAUACAGGAGGACGUGCCGGUGGAGACGCUCGUGGAGAUUCAUGGGCCGGAUCCCAUAAUCACGGACGUGGCGGUGGAGACGCCCGUGGAGGUCGAGGAGGAGGAGGACCCUCCGAUGCAGGACAUCGAGUGUGACGUCGUGUUCGACGUCCCGGUGUACAGUGAGCUGCCGGUGGAGACGCCGAUCGAAGUGCUCGGGUCCGACCCAUCGGCUGACGAUGUGGCAGAGCCGGCGGUCGACAUCCCGUGCGACGUCGAGUUCGAGCUGGAGCCCCGGCAACCGCCCGUCGAGACGCCACCCGACGUCAUCGAGGAGCCCAAGCCACCACCUAUCAUAGACCCACCGGUUGAAGAGCCACCGAUGGACCCACCACCGGUUGAGGAGCCACCGCCUGUCGAGGAGCCUCCGGCGCCGGUCGACCCGCCCAUGGAGGUGCCACCCGCCGAAGAGCCGUCGGUGGACCCACCACCAGUUGAGGAGCCACCACCCAUCGAGGAUCCUCCGGUGCCGGUCGACCCGCCCUUGGAACCGCCUCCCACGGAGGAACCGCCAGUGGACCCACUACCGGUUGAGGAGCCACCACCAGUCGAGGAUCCUCCGGCACCGGUUGACCCGCCCGUGGAACCGCCUCCCAUGGAGGAACCGCCAGUGGACCCACCACCGGUUGAGGAGCCACCACCCUUUGAGGAUCCUCCGGCACCGGUUGACCCGCCCAUGGAACCGCCUCCCAUGGAGGAACCGCUAGUGGACCCACCACCGAUUGAGGAGCCACCACCCGCCGAGGAUCCUCCAGCGCCGGUCGACCCGCCCGUGGAACCGCCACCCAUGGAGGAGCCGCCGGUGGAGCCACCACCGGUUGAGGAGCCACCACCUGCCGAGGAUCCUCCGACGCCGGUCCACCCGCCCGUGGAACCGCCACCCAUGGAGGAGCCGCCGAUGGACCCACCACCAGUUGAGGAGCCACCACCCGCCAAGGAUCCUCCGGCAGCGGUCGACCCGCCCGUGGAACCGCCGCCCAUGGAGGAGCCAUCCGUGGAGCCACCACCGGUUGAGGAGCUACCACCAGCGCAGGAGCCACAACCCGCGGCCCCAACACCAGUUCAGGAGCCACCUAGUGCACCAGCAGAGGCAAAGCCAUCUGAUGGUAGCGACCAAUCGGAUGGUAGCACUGAUGGUGAGGACAACGGCGAGGGGGGUGGCCGCAAGGGUAAGCGACGCAGUGGCGGGAAAGGACGACGGAGGCGCAGGCGGCGUGGUAGGUUCCCGUUCGGCAUGGUGGUUGCUCCUGCUGUGAUCUUGCUCGCUCUCGCAGUGCUCGCGGCCAAGAGACGGCGGCAACAGGGUGGGGGUUGAGAAUUGGUGUGGCUCGGCUCGUGCCACUGUGUAACACGCGUUGUAUACUUGUAUGUAUAGAAUUGAUUUUGUUUUGAUUUUUCUUGUCACGGAAUUCUUUUUUCCUUUUGCCAUGAGACAAGGAAAUUUGGGAGAGGAUUUGUAGUAGGGGGCUUCUAGUUGAACGGGGGCGGAGCCAAGAUUUAGGCAUGAGGGGGAUGAACAAGAAUAUUGAUUGCACGGAA